AUGUCCACAGUCCUACAUCGAAACUCUAAACAAAUUGCACACCUCCCAAGGCCUAUAAAAGAGGACAACCACCCCAGCUUGGAGCAUCGGAGAGCCUUCGGCCGGUACCACACCGGUGCCCUAGACUUACCGAGCGUUUACUAUCUUACAGGUGUAACGCACUACCGAGGCCAUAGCAUACCGAAGGUAGAACAAAUCACUAAGUUGCGCGGGAAAGUGCCGAACCAUUUUUCUGCGUCAACAAUUUGGCGCCGUCUGUGGGAAUCGAUAACAAUCAACCUACAAUUCCUAAAAAACGUAAUGGGAACCACUUCAGGAGCACAGUUCCUAUCGGAGGAUGGAUUACCGUACGGUAUGCCAAGUGGAGCAAGCCCCGCGCUGCACCCUAGCACCCCCUUCGGUAAUCCUCCGGUGCUUCAUACCACGGUCGAAGCAGAGCUUCUAGUUCAAAUGACCUCCCUUCGGAGGGAAAUGACCAAGCUCCAAGAACAUAACAAUCUCCUAUCGUCCAAAGUAGACGAAACACAACGACUGCUUAACCAGCAGGAAACACAGAGUAUUCAGGCUACCGAGUCUUCCCAAAGUCUGCAGACCCUCGGUCGGCAGAGGAAGGGAAAGAGGGGGGCAAAGGCAACGCCUGCGCCUUCCAAACAGUUGGUGGUCCCAGCUCCAUAG